ACACCAGCUUUUUUAUGAUGACAGAGUAACUUGAAUUGGAAAGGAUCCCUGGAUGCCAUCUGAUCUAAGCUCUGCUCCAAUCAGGAGGUUCCAACAGUGCCACUGCACUCCUGAGGAUAUUCAUGCUUUUGAAAGCUGUAUGAAAUCCAUUAAUUUGAUAGACCUUUCCAGAUCUUUAAAAUUGGAACAAUGGUGAAAUAGCAUGAAGAAGCUGUGAUAGACAAAAUGUCAGUAGAAUAAGUGACCUACCCUACAGAACUUGCCAUGAACCAUUUGGUUGGACCACCUGAGGGGGAGAUCAGUGAAGAGCCAGCGAAUGGAGCAGUGAAUGAGUCAGUGGAGGCUGAUUUGGAGCACUCAGAAGUGGAAGAGGAGCAGAGGUAUGUGACUCGCUACCCAAGGCAUACAAACAGCAUCCAAGCGGGCCUGUCUGGGCAGGAGGAGGAAGGGAUGUUAGCUCGGUCAGCCAGCACGGAGAGUGGUUUCCACAAUCACACGGAUACUGCAGAAGGGGAUGUGAUAGCCACGGUGGAGGACAGUUACGACACAGAGAGGGUGCAGGAGAAUGAGGAUGAGAGCGCGUAUGCGGUGCAGUACAGGCCGGAGUCUGAGGAGUACACGGAGAACGCUGAGGCUGAGCAUGGCGAGGCCAUUCAUAACCGAACAUUGCCCAAUCACUUACACUUCCAUUCCAUUGAGCACGAGGAAGCCAUGAAUGCGGCCUACUCAGGUUAUGUCUACACACAUCGUCUCUUCCACCGAGGAGAGGAUGAGCAGUAUGCUGAGGCUUACGCUGACUAUGGACUGCAGGAGCAUGUAUAUGAGGAAAUAGGAGAUACACCAGACCUUGAUGUUAGGGAGGGGAUCCAACAGUAUGAGCGGGAAAGGGAGGAAGCCGACAAUUACCGUAAGGAGGCACUUGGUGCCCGCCUUCACCACUACGAUGAGCGAUCGGAUGGAGAGUCUGACAGCCCUGAAAAGGAAGCAGAAUUUGCACCCUACCCAAGAAUGGAUAGCUAUGAACAGGAGGAGGACAUUGAUCAGAUUGUAGCAGAGGUGAAGCAGAGCAUGAGCUCCCAGAGCUUAGACAAGGCAGCUGAAGACAUGCCAGAGUCAGAGCAGAGUUUGGAGCAUGGUCAGGCUCUUGUCAGUGGUGGGCAUGAAAGUAAUGGCCAGCUCACAUCUGGUUCUCGAGUUACAUCCAGCUCAGGAGAAUCUGUACAGAGGUACAGCAAGGAAAAGAGAGAUGCAAUUUCACUGGCCAUCAAGGAUAUUAAAGAGGCUAUUGAGGAAGUGAAGACAAGGACCAUCCGUUCUCCUUAUACCCCUGAUGAACCUAAGGAGCCUAUCUGGGUGAUGCGGCAGGACAUCAGUCCAUCCAGGGAUUCUGACGACCAGAGACCACUAGAUGGAGAUUCUCCGUCUCCAGAUUCCUCUUCACCUCGGGGUGCUGAAUCAUCAAGUAGGCAACAUCACCAGGAUGUCUGCAGUACAGCAGAGGCCUCCACUAAUAAAGAGUCCAGAAAAAGCUUGGCUUCAUUUCCGACGUAUGUUGAAGUUCCUGGACCUUGUGAUCCUGAAGACUUAAUCGAUGGAAUCAUUUUUGCUGCCAAUUACCUUGGUUCAACUCAACUGCUUUCUGAUAAAACUCCCUCCAAGAAUGUGAGAAUGAUGCAAGCUCAGGAAGCUGUCAGCAGAAUCAAGAUGGCCCAGAAAUUAGCCAAAAGCAGGAAGAAGGCUCCAGAAGGUGAAUCUCAACCCAUGACUGAAGUAGACCUCUUCAUUUCUACACAGAGAAUAAAAGUACUGAAUGCAGACACACAGGAAACCAUGAUGGAUCAUCCCCUGCGGACCAUUUCUUACAUUGCUGAUAUAGGAAAUAUAGUUGUUUUGAUGGCUCGUAGGCGAAUGCCACGGUCUAACUCCCAGGAUAACGUGGAAGCAUCUCACCCUUCCCAAGACGGAAAGAGACAGUACAAAAUGAUUUGCCAUGUCUUUGAGUCUGAGGAUGCGCAGCUGAUUGCACAGUCCAUAGGUCAAGCAUUUAGUGUGGCCUACCAAGAAUUUCUGAGGGCAAAUGGAAUCAACCCAGAAGACCUUAGCCAGAAGGAAUAUAGCGACUUGCUCAAUACCCAGGAUAUGUACAAUGAUGACCUGAUUCACUUCUCGAAGUCUGAAAAUUGCAAAGAUGUUUACAUUGAAAAGCAAAAGGGAGAAAUCCUAGGUGUGGUGAUUGUGGAGUCUGGCUGGGGUUCCAUUUUGCCUACAGUUAUCAUAGCCAACAUGAUGCAUGGAGGACCGGCAGAGAAGUCUGGGAAGCUGAACAUAGGGGACCAGAUCAUGUCAAUCAAUGGGACCAGUUUAGUUGGUUUACCACUCUCAACAUGUCAGAGCAUCAUAAAGGGUUUGAAAAAUCAGGCCCGAGUUAAACUGAACAUCGUUAGAUGUCCUCCAGUAACCACAGUCUUGAUCAGAAGACCAGACCUCAGAUAUCAAUUGGGCUUCAGUGUGCAGAAUGGGAUUAUCUGUAGCCUUAUGAGAGGGGGUAUAGCAGAGCGAGGAGGUGUGCGUGUCGGCCAUCGGAUUAUUGAAAUCAAUGGGCAGAGUGUUGUAGCAACACCCCAUGAGAAAAUUGUUCACAUCCUCUCAAAUGCUGUUGGUGAGAUUCAUAUGAAGACUAUGCCAGCUGCCAUGUACAGACUGUUGACUGCGCAAGAGCAACCAGUUUACAUCUAAAGCCGACACCUCACCGUCACAAUGUGCAUGGAAGAUGUUUUUCCCCAUUAGUGCUUGUCUCUCUAGUGCUGCAUUUGUGUGUCUGCAGAGACAUUUCUUUCUCUCUCCUCCCUUCACAGACACAAAUACACUGUCACUCUCUCCUCUAUCCUUUUUUCCUCUUCUCCCCACCACUUUCCUGUAUUUUGGGAAGGGACAAAAUACAUCUAUGGAACAAUUUUCGUUGCAUCUUUUUACAAGUGAAACUUCAUGUAGCUCCACAUGCAAAACAGGAAAAUAACAGCUGCAUUGUCCACAGAGUAUUCACAAAUGGCUCUGUUUCAUGCUAACGUAAUUUUGUGGCUAUAAUUUUACAAACUGAGUAACAGAUAAAACUAUAGGGUACAAAGCAUUCUCUUGGACAUCCUGUAUGUGACUUUGCUUUUCUUGUCCUAUUUUCCCGCAGGCACUGAGCUCAGUACUAAAGGUUUAUGUCUAUAGGGAAAGUGGAAUACCAAAAGUAUAGUUAUGCCCUCAGGAAGAAUUGCCUGCUUAUGAAGACUCAGUAAAUGCUGCUGUUGUAAAAUGAAUUGUCCUAAUACACACCUUUCAAUUCCCCUCUGUCAUCAGUUCUUCAUGACAGUAGGACCCAAAAAAGUACUCUGUGAAUUACUGAAACAUGUUAUACUUGUAUUACUUACACCAAGAAAUUUGGGAGGCAUUUCUUACAGCAGUCUCCCGCUCUCUGCCCCCAGAUUUCUAACUCCCUGUUUUCUUCUGCUUUGUUUUUAAAUGCAACAUGUCUUUUAUAGUCCCUGCCCAUUUUAGAGGUUAAAGUGGAGGGGAGGAUCAUUAAAUAUCCACAAGAGAAAUAGUAAGGGGAUUUCCUGAAUAGCUACACUUUUUCUAGGCUCUUAAUUCCGAAUUUGGUGCACAUAGCCACGUGUGCCACUGUAUAUAGACAUUUUUAAAAUUGUGCUUGCUAUUUAUGAAGUUUGAAUAUAAGAGAUCUGCAGACUAUUCUAAGUAAUUUUGUUCUCUGAGCCAGUUUUAACAAAUAUUUUUGUCCAAAGACUGUCUGAUUUUAUUGACUUCCUCUUUAGUUCAAGAUAUAGAUAACAGUGAAAAGGAUGAGGUGGGAAUAAACUUAUUUAUUUUGGUAUAUAAUUUAACUUGUGAGUUUUUUCCCUAUGUAUGGCACUUAAAGGAGAUAUGUGUGUACUAUAUGCACUUGUAUGAAGAUGAUAAACUGUAGGGAUGUAUGAAAUCUAAUAUUUGAUUGGCCUCUAAGUUGCAUGCUAGAGACAAAAGGGGAAAAGGGCUGGGUUGGGUUCUUUGUUUUUUUAGAUGGGGAAAAAUAAAAAUGAAGUAGUGGCUUUUUUUUCCUAGUGAGAGGAGAAUUCUACAUUCUCUGUAGUUACUGUUUUUUCAGGACUAUAUACUGGUGUUUAUACUGAAGCCUAACCAUGCAUUUAGUCCAGGUUAGUAUAUUGAUUUCUUUUAAAGAAACAGUUUGUGCUGUGUUUUGCUGUGAUAGAAAGACUCAGUGAGAUGAAAACAAGGGCGGGCAACACAUAGCCACACCCCACUUCUGCUUUGCACUGGUGGUGCUGGUCAUAGUCCCUUGUUCCUCAGUUAUUGUGAGGUGAGCUGUGCAAUAUGAGUGUUAUUUGCAGUCCAGUGAUGAUCCUAGACAUGACUAUGCAGAUUCACAGAAGUGGAUGUGUGCAUGUGCAGAUUUGGUGCAAACAAUGCCAAGAGCCAGUGAGCAAUCUUGCCAGAGGUCCAUUUUUUGUUUUUCUCAAAUCAUGGAUAACCAUGGGCUGAUCAGAGUUAGAGGAUAAACAUAGUAUUUCAGUGGGAAGCAGAUGUCUAAGGGAGAUAAAGAAGAGGCGCAUAAACUACUGUAGUAAGUGAAUAUGUUUUUCUGUUGAGAUUGAUGUAUGAUGACUUGCUUUUACUGCAUUUCUUGUUGUUACAUAAUUUAAUCCAAGGCUCCAGAAUAUCAGAUUGCGCAAAAGAAUGUUGUUAGCAUUCCAGUUAGUACUUAACUCUGCUACCUGACUGAUGCAACAAAAUAAUUAAUGACUUGUGAGUAUAUUGUUUAACUGUAAACAUCUGGCUUAUGAUCAUUUGAACUUUUUUUCCAGAACUUUCCAUAUAUAUAGUAAUAUAUGUAAAUAUGAUAUAUAACCAUGUACAACUUAGAAGAUUAUAUACAGUGCAGCCCUUCCAUAAGUUGCCUGAGGAAACCUAGUGAGCCCUUGAAGACAGUCAUCAUGAUUCUGAUUCCUGCUAUGUUUAUGCCCUCCACUUCACUUGUUUCUGUGGUUCUGUCUAGCUCAUGUGGUGAAGACUUUAACUCAGUGCACUGGAAACGAUGAAGACCUGAAUGUGCAAAUGUAUUUAGAGAUGAAACAACUGUUUCUUUGAAAAUCUUGCAGCCAGAAGUCUGUGAAGUUACUGGCAUUUGAGUGCUUGAACAGUUCAUGCUAAAUAGGUGCUUAACAUUAAGCAAGUGAAUGCUUGCAGGAUCAGAGUUUAGCAAAAAAAUCUGUUUUUCUAAUUACUUGUGUGUGUGAGAUUUCUAAACUGGAAGGUCCAUAGAAUGUGCACACGUCUGAGAACAGUCUUGUAAACAAUCCCAUUUUACUCCGUAAACAGAAAGAGUUUCAAGAAAAUGGAGCUCUAAGGGGAAAUCUAGCUGUUCUCUAGACUGGUGCAGCGGUUUGAUAGGUUAGAUUAUGGGGAUUUUUAACAGAUUCAAAGGAACAUUCCUUCAAAGGUUUACAUUCCUUCUUCAGUGACAGACCUGAAUUAUUUUUCUUUUAUCCUUGCUGCUUCAUACAGUCUAAUUAACUCUUCAGUGUUUACAUUAAGGAUGAAACAUCCCUUAUAUUUUUUAUUUUUUGACAAGUAUCAUGUGUUUGUGUUGAAUCUUGUUUGAAUUUGAGUCUCAGUUGGGAUUUCCAGGUUUGCUAGCUUUCUUUGUUUUCUAAAUGUACUUCUGAAUACAGCAAUGUGGUUGAGAUCUCUUGUAUAUAUUUCACGCAGUACCUAGACUAUGAAGUUGUACUAUUGUUCUGUAAAGAGGGUGAAUAGAAAUUAUUGUAAAGCGUUGGGAAAAGCAUAGUAUUGUAUUUGUAACAAUAUUGUUCUUUGUAAACAUUUAAUGAUCUCUCUAUAUAAAUAUAAAUAUAUAUAUAAAUAUAUGUGAGCCUGGAAUGUUGAUACUGCACAUCUACUGAAUGUAAUUACUCUGAUGUUUUCUGCCACAGGUCUCUGACCUCUGUAAUGAAGCUGCGGUGGUUUGAUUUGGGGGAGGCAGGAGUGAAAAGAGUGGGCUUUUUGCUUUGGAUGGGACAGGGUGGGGGGUUUCUGGCCAGUUAUUUUGUUGUGAUGUAUUUACUGUGCUACAUUCCUUUAUUUAACAGAGCGCUAAUGUCUGUAAGAUUUGCAACAAUAAAUGACAAAACAAAAA